CAACCCCGCGGCGCGUAGCCGGCGCCGCCAUUUUCUCCCUCCCCCUCAGCUUCUUCUUCCUCCUCCUCCUCUUCCCCCUCCUCUAGCGCCUGCGUAUUCGCUGCCGCCCUCUUCCCCUCUCUCCCCGCUUCCUUCCUUCCCCCGACGAAGCUUCGUGAAGAUUCCGGAAGGCUCCGGCCGGUUCUUUUCUCUGAGGCACCCGAGCCGCCACCGCUCCGCCAGGCUCCCGCUCUUCUCCCCUGCUACCCAGCGCCGCCGCCGCCAUGUCCUUGCUGUGCUACAACCGGGGCUGCGGCCAGCGUUUCGACCCCGAGACCAACACGGAGGAUUCAUGCACAUAUCAUCCAGGUGUACCAGUCUUUCAUGAUGCUCUCAAAGGUUGGUCGUGUUGUAAGAGAAGAACAACAGACUUUUCUGACUUCUUAAGCAUUGUGGGCUGUACAAAGGGUCACCAUAAUAGUGAGAAACCUCCUGAGCCUGUUAAACCAGAAGUCAAAACUACCUCUGAGCGAAAGGAACUAGCUGAACUGAAACCCAAAUUUCAAGAACACAUAAUUAAAGCACCAAAACCACUGGAAACAAUUAAAAGACCGAGCCCAGAUGAGCCAAUGACAAAUUUGCAGCUGAAAGUAUCAGCUUCCUUGAAGCAAGCACUAGAUAAGCUGAAACUGUCAUCAGAAAACGAAGAGAAAAAAGAGGAGGAGAGUGAUGAAAUCAAGAUUGGGACAGCAUGUAAAAAUGCAGGCUGUUCAAAAACAUACCAAGGACUGCACAGCACUGAAGAUGUGUGUAUAUACCAUUCUGGUGUACCUAUAUUCCACGAAGGGAUGAAGUAUUGGAGCUGCUGUAAAAGGAAAACGUCUGACUUCAAUACAUUUUUAGCUCAAGAAGGCUGCACAACAGGAACACACGUAUGGACUAAAAAGGAUGCAGGAAAGAAGGUAGUUCCGUGCAGGCAUGAUUGGCACCAGACUGGAGGAGAAGUUACUAUUUCAAUAUAUGCUAAAAAUUCUGUUCCUGAUCUGAGCUAUGUAGAAGCAAAUAGUACAAUGUUAAAUAUUCAUAUUGUAUUUGAAGGAGAAAAGGAAUUUCAUCGCAAUGUGAAAUUAUGGGGAGUAAUUGAUGUAAAGAGGAGUUAUGUGAACAUGACAGCUACAAAGAUUGAAGUUACUAUGAGAAAAGCAGAGCCUUUAUUAUGGGCAAGUCUUGAAUUACCAGUAUCCAACACAGAACAAAAGAAAGAGAAUUCAGAUCAAUAAUAAUUCCAAGAGACACGAUAUAUCCCAUCCUGAAGUGGUGACUUGCUACUGUAAUCAAGUAUUUAACUUUUAUAUAGAUAACUUUUUUUUUUUUUAAUGCUAGACCUUAUGUUCCACUCUACAAAAAAAAAAAAUGCACAGUAAAUGAGGGUGUCAACUUGAAGAGUAAUAGCUGGUUCUUCUGCUCUUGCUUCCGUGAGUGUAUUUAUUCUAGCUGGAGCGUCUCAAUGGGAAUUUAAAAUAAGAGCUAUUGCCCUGUGUUUACAACCUUACUUACUAUGCACUGACUACCCAAACAGAUAAGCUUUCAGUACACAGUGUGUGUUAAUUUUUCAAGUCUUCUGUUUAGACUGGAUCUGCUUGGUAGUAUGUUCAAUUCAGCACUCUUCAUUAUAAAGCAUACAGUAUUACAGAUCUGAGUUUUUGAAGUGAUAAACAUGCAAUUCCACAUCUAAAAUAAAAAGGCACAUGAAAACAAAUGUGAAAGAACACUUGUAGACUUCCAUUUUUGUCUGCUAAAACUAAUGUUUGUUUCGAUAUCUGCUGGCUGUAGAGGUAUAAAAUAAAAGGUAUUUUAGUAAGUGUUUCAGUAUUUCCCGAUACUUGCUGUCUUUCAGGUAUAAAAGCAGAUCAGAUUAAAAUAAGAACAAAGAUGGCAAGAGGGGAUUUUUCCUAUUCUCCUAACUUUGAUACUUGAAUUUUUAAAUGUAAACAUGAGCGGACAGUGAAUAUGGCUCAAUAACAGCAUCUCAGCUGUAGAAAAUACACAAACUGCAGAAUACUGUAAAGUUACCCAGCUACUGUAUAUAUUUGACAGUCUUUACAAUAUGUAUUCGGUCCUAUUCUGCAACAUUCAAAACUAUGAAUUUUCUCAGAGUGGAUAUUUUUAGGAGGAGAAGACAAUAUGCACUGUAGGUAUCUUGGGAAAAUCCUUUCUAUGUAGAUAUGCAGAGCUCUUUUUCCCAAGGAUGGUAAUCUAGGAACUAAAUUUACAGAAUAACUGAAAUCUUAGGGGAAACAAACAACAAGCUUUAAAAUGCCCAUCUCAAAUCAUAAUCGUACUGUUAAGCUAAAAUAUUUUUAAAAUACCUUUUUGAAGAGCAUAAGCAAAAUUGUAAUUUGAAAUCAGGACCUUAAAUUUGUUUCCAGUUCUGCAGCAAUAAUGAUUUGUAGCUGAAAACAGGAUAGUUUUAAAGACUUCUGUCUUAGACUUCUGUCUAAGGAAUAAUUCAUGCAGUGAUAUUGCUUUCUAUUUCUGCUUGAAAUCGUUCCUUAAUUUUAGAUUGUAGCUGAAAUAAAAAUGCUUUAAUGUGUAAGUCAACCAAAAUAUAUAUUAUUAUUUAUUGUGCCAAAAUGUAAAUAUACAAACAAAAAGCCUUGUGGGCUGUGGAAUGUGGUGAUGCUCAUCUGUCUACCUUGGCAGACCUGAAAUGAGUCCAAGAGAAACAGUGAAAGUAGUGAAGGCAUUCUGAAGUCAAUAUGGAUUUCUCAGAAUCUUAGUGUUUCCAACAGGUAUAAUUUGUGUUGAGUUCAGAGUUCUGUCUUCGGCAGUACUUGAAAUUCUUGAAGUAGUAACAUACGCAUUACUGAAGAAACCAGCCCCAAACACCAAAAAAGUAACACUGGUGUUGAAAUCUGUUUUAGAGCUUCUUUACCUUUUUCCUUAUUGAUUUGGAGGAAGUGUGGUUGCUUACUCCUUUGGGCCCCUAUUAAAAAUUCAAGUGCCAAGUUCUGCUUGAAAAAUUCCAUCAAAUUCUAAUAAUUCCUUUUAAACAAAAAUAAAUACAUUUGAAAACACCACGUGCAGUGAAGUACAAGCUUACAAAAAUGUACGCCUGCAGUUGCUCCUGUAAAAAUUGUUCAGGUGUUCCCCACUGAGUUCUGAGCCAACAACGGGAGCUUAUAUUAGUGUAAUAUUAAGAACAAUUACUUCAGCGGAUGAAAAAUUCUAGAUACCUGUAACUAUCAGCAUGUCAUCUGUUUUUUUUUCUGUUUUGUUUUGUUUUGUUUUUAGCGUUUAAGUAACUGCAAGGGAAACAGAAUUUCUUCAAAAACGAAAUUUAAUUUUAAAGCAAUCCUUGUGACCCUUGAGUAUGCUAAGCACUUAUUUGAGCAAAAUCUGGAUGAAUGGACUUUUGCUUUAACAUUGUAGACUUUGGGACCCUGUAACUGUUUUUAUACUCCUUGAAACUAGAUUCUGCUAGAAGCAGGAUCAACAUUGUAGUAGUGAGUGGAAGAAAGCUCCUGCAGACAAUGUCCUCAGUUUUGCUUUUUUUUUUUUUUUUGUGGUCGUUAUUAUUCAUUCCUUCUAUUCCUGUUGUUUAUACUCUCAGCAGGGAACAACAGAUGCCUCAGGAGUUGCAUAAUAACUUUUCCACCUCAAUGACAAUAUAAACACUUUUAAAAUGCACCUAUUUAAUAUAUUUAAGAACAUGAGCGAACAAAACCCCAGUUUAUAUCAGACAAAAAUGCGUAGAUUUUACAAAUAGCAGCCUGCUUCUCUAUGUCUUAUGAUGAUUUUCAAAAAGUUAAGCUUUCAGAUGGCUUAUGUCAUGAGUCUUGUUUAACUGCAUUCUUAGCAGCUUUUUAUAACUAUUUGUGUGCAUCCAUCAUCAAGCUGCAAAAGCUGUAUUGCUGAAUUUGAGUACUUUGAGCAGAUCAUAGUGGUUGCUCAGAACAGUCUUAAUCAAAACAUGCCGGUGUUUUACAAAAUGACAUCUUGAUAUGGCUAGUGGUAUCUAUUUCCAAUAGAAUUGGGUUUGACUUUGGCUUUUAUUAGUAAAUGCAGGGGGAAAAAAUAUAACUAUGGUAUAUGAAAAUAAUCAUAAUGCUUCUCAAAAGCAAAUUUUGAGAACUAAGCUAAACAGUCUUGCUCAUGUAGGCUGUCAUCUAUUUAAUAAUAGUGAAAUUAAAUUGGGAAGUGCAAAAGGUUAUGUACUGGGAUAUGUGCAGUUCAGUUUGCCACUUCAUGGUUUUGAGAGUUGUCCUGUAUUUAACAAGUUGUUUAACUUGUGGUCUAGCUAUAUUUUUAUAAUUAUAAGACUUUAAAAAGUUAUACUGUGUUUCAGAAUGGGUUUGCAUAUUACAUGUAGACAGUACAUUAUAUGUCUCAGAUAUGACUGUACCAGGGGCAUGUAAAAACUUCACAAUACAUUUUUAAUGAGACAAAAACUGUGUGGGUGCACGGAUUUGUAACAGAAAUCUUAAUCUUUUUCGUCAUGCUUAAGCCCAUUUUCCUACCUACUGUUGUAUGUCUAAAACAGAACAUUUCCUGGAGGAGUUGGAGUUCAUUUUUAAUGUUCACAUGCUGUUAGCACUGGGCUGUUCAGAUACUCUGUUAUAUUUUACAUGGCACUGAUGUAACUUCACAAAAAAAACUUCCAUCUCUAAGACGAUCUUCUGGAACACUUGCGUUAUCAAGUCACCAUUUCAGUAGUUUAGGGACUAGUUAUAUUAGGAAUUUUGCCUUGAAAAAACAUCUACUUAUUCUAUGUAAUGAUGCAUUUUUUGCUUGCAUUCUUUAAAAAUGGCAUGAUUACUGGUUAAGUACUGUACCUGUUAAUCAAUUGUCUUUCCCUCUUGCUACUAUUUUUUUGUCUUCAUUCAGGAAAGAGAUCCUAUUUAAAGUAAUGAGUUACGUGUCUGGAACACUGUUUUAAGGUGUUAAUAAUUUUGCCACUAUAAAUGAGAGUCUUGAAUUGCGGUUGGGGGGGAGAGAUGUCUUUUUGCAUGGUUGUUUGAUUCUGCACAUUCAUAAAACUUAAAAGCAGAAAUUAAUCUCAUGUCUUCAUGUUCCAUUUUUUUCUAAAUUUAUUCAAUAAAAUUCUUAUUACAUGCUGGUUA